CACACGACCCCACCCUCCAGUGCCUCUGGGUGAAGCCAUCUGUGAACGUUAGUUACUCCGCUUUGUCCAGGGAGGAGCCACAAAUCACUUUCCUCAAAGCCAUAGGGCAGCACUAACAUUCAAUUUUAAACUCACCCAUCAUGAAAGCAUGACAGAUUGGUCCAGAAAAUGCUCAGUGUGCCGUGAAAUGCCUGCACUGCUGAUGAAAAGACGCACCGUGCAUGAACAUCUCGCAGCAUUAUUUGUGAACAUUUGAUGAUCACCUUGGGGACAUUGGCUGUAGUACCACACGGUGUUUGUAGGGAUAACCGUUUGGCCUUAAGCGUGAAAGACGACUAAAAAUGUAAGCUGAAUGAGCAAGAGUCAACCAGUCAUCUGUCAGCUGAAGACUUGUAUGCAAACAACAUGAACCUUGUAAGUAAUGGAUUGUCAGUGCAGUGUUACUUGAUGCCAAAGCUGAUGGGAAAAAUUAAAAGAAGAGUUCGGGAGAUGAGAAACCCAAAUGCUAUGGUGUCUUCAGUGGAUCUGAGUCACAACGAGAGCACACGACUGGCUAUGGAUGCUCUCUUGGACAGAGGGACUGAUGGAUACCAGGAAGUGCUGAUCAAAGAGAAUGAAGCAAACUUUCUGUCAGCGCAGGAGAAAACGUACAUCUUAAACAACAUUAAAAAGCCUCUCACUGACCGUGAAGAGGCAGACCGUGAUGAAGGGAUUUCCAGUUCUCCAUCAGUUUCUUCUGAGACAUACUUUCCUGCGGUCACAGAGAGUGAGCCUCCACUUCUUGAUUACGGCUGGCCUGUGGCUGACUGGAGUUACCAUCUGCAGGGGAAAUUUACUUUUGGAAAUUUUAUUUCAAGUAGCAGCUCUUUACUCUCCAUUCACAGCAGUAAUUGCAAAAAGAAUGCUGUUUUCAGACAAAUUUCAAACACUCCCAUCUUCCAUUGUAGCAUGGAAGCCCUCCCCAAACUCACACUGCUGGUUGAGCCAAUGCAUUUCCAUCGAUUGCUAUUUAUGCAGAAACUUCACCUUUUACUAAGUCUCACGUUUGAGUGUUUUUCACUGAUGACACUUUUACUUUGUCAUAGUCUCACCUGGCUAUCCUGGCAGGUUCACAGAAGCUUGGCCAUACUCUUCAAAGGCAGCGGGGUUAAACCUUUCGACCUGGAGUUUCACAGACUCUAUGCCACUUCUAAACCAGUCCCAGGAUUUACCUGCCACACAUCAGAUCCUGGUGAUCUCUGCCUACCCAUUGAGAAACUCCAGAUCCCGAUGGGCCCGGCCGUAACUGCUGGAAACACUCCCGACCACCUACAACAGAAACCUCGUCAGCCCAGGAACCCGAGUUUCCCAACAACUCAAGUCCUGGCCAGACAAACCAGCUAUCCAAACGUCACCACUGGACCGCAAAUAUCUCAAUGGCUUCCACGGAGGAACACGAUCCAUCAUCCCAUUGCUCGUCAGUCCCCAGAUUUCAAUACGAAGAGCCAAACUUGGCGUCCAAAACAGGGCAAUCACAUCAACAGAGGUGUUCCUGCAACUUCCCAUUGGUGCUAGAGCAGGUUAUUGUAAUGCUUUA